AUGAAGGUCGAAGGAGCCCUUACUCCGUGUAUCAUCUUAUGUACGACCCUUGUAUCAGCACUGGCCCCUCUCUCUUUCUAUCCCUCGACUGGACACUGCGCGGACAUGUCUCAUCGCAAGUUCCACGCCCCUCGCCAUGGACACAUGGGGUUCCUGCCCCACAAGCGCAGCAAGAGGCACAGGGGCAGGGUGCGCACGUGGCCCAAAGACGACCCCAGCCAACCUGUCCACCUCACUGCCUUCCUGGGAUACAAGGCUGGCAUGACCCACACGCUGAGGGAGAUUCACCGCCCUAGCCUUAAGCAAUCAAAGCGAGAGGAAGUAGAGGCAGUCACCAUCAUUGACACUCCUCCAGUUAUUGUGGUGGGGGUCGUGGGAUACAUUCAGACCGUCCAUGGCUUGCGUUCCCUCAAAACCAUCUUUGCAGAGCAUCUCAGUGACGAGUGCAAGCGCAGAUUUUAUAAAAACUGGUACAAGAGCAAGAAGAAGGCCUUCACCAAGUACAGUAAGAAGUGGCAGGAUGAGACAGGAAAGAAACAGCUGGACAAGGAUUUUGAAAGGAUGAAGAAAUACUGUUCAGUAAUCAGGGUUAUUGUUCACUCUCAGAUGCGAUUGCUGCCCAUAAGUCAGAAAAAGGCCCACAUCAUGGAGGUGCAGCUAAAUGGGGGAAGCAUCUCGGACAAGGUGGACUGGGCAAAGGAGCGUCUGGAGCAGGCUGUGCCCGUCUCUGCUGUCUUCUCCCAGGAUGAGAUGAUUGACGUCAUUGGAGUCACUAAGGGUCAUGGCUUUAAAGGCGUGACAAACCGCUGGCACACAAAGAAGCUCCCCAGGAAGACCCACAAGGGUCUGAGGAAGGUGGCCUGCAUUGGAGCCUGGCAUCCGGCUCGUGUGGGGUACACCAUAGCUCGAGCUGGUCAGAAGGGCUACAACCACCGUACUGAGAUCAACAAGAAGAUCUACCGUGUUGGUAGGGGUGUGCACAUCCAGGAUGGAAAGGUGAUCCGGAACAAUGCCUCCACCAACUAUGACACCAGCCAGAAGACCAUUACGCCGAUGGGAGGCUUCCCACACUACGGUGAAGUGAAUAAUGACUUUGUCAUGGUGAAGGGCUGCGUGGUUGGGGCGAAGAAACGUGUCCUCACACUCAGAAAGUCUUUGCUCGUGCACACAUCCCGCAAGUCUAAAGAGGCCGUUGAGCUCAAAUUCAUCGACACCACCUCCAAAUUUGGUCACGGCCGCUUCCAGACGGCCCAGGAGAAGAGGGCAUUUAUGGGGCCACUGAAGAAGGAUGCCCUGAAAACUCUGCCGGAGCCCCUAACCGAGGAGGCCUGAGAAAUAUUCUUAUAUCUGACUUCUCGUACAGAAAUAAAACUGAGAUUCAUA